CUCACCGUUGGAUUAAGGGGCAAAAUCGCGAUAACCAGAUGUCCCCAGACAAUAGUGGUCCCUUCUCGAAAUCGCUAUGUCGCUUUCCCACCUUCAAACCAACCACCGAAUCACGAAAAGUAGACAAUCCACUAUAAGAACCUUUCGAACCAAAAUCAAAAGACACACCAAUGUUAUUUGAAGGGUAUGCGAAACUCGCAAACGAAGUUAACCUGAAAAUGGAACUCCUUGUCCUUGGCCGCGAUUAGGGUUUCCUGGCUAAUGCUCGUUCUCGGGUUUCCUGGCCUUCGACGGUGCACCUUAGAUUUCCCCACUGUGCUUGUGUUUCGUCGGAAAUAUGGUGCUCCUGAGAAUCACCAUGGCGCGGACUGCAUGGAACCCGUCGGCGAAAAAUGGAGGCGAUGGUUGUGGUUCGUGGUUCGAAUCGAAAACUGGGUUUGGGGUAGGGUUAAUUGGGGGGUGCAGGCGUCAAUCGAAGAAGAUCGGUGAUAUUCCGCCGUGUUUCUGGGUUUGAAGCUCUACUCUCGCCGUCGGAGUGGUCGGAAAACAGAGAGAAUCGCGAAAGGGGAGAAGACGAAUCGAAAGGGGAGAAGAUGAUAAGAAAUGGAAGGUGGGGCUUCGUUUAGUGGUGUAAGGGUUUUUUCCCCUCAUUUAAUCCACGUCAGACCGUGGGGUCAAAAAACCCACCACAUCAGCAACCACCCACCACAUCAGCAACCACCGUUUGUCCAGUCAUCAGUUUAACUGACGGAGGUAACGGAGAAGACAAAAAUGGAUAUAUCAUGUAUUUCGAUAGAUGUGGAUAUAUUUGGCACAAAGGUGAUAUUUAUGGAUAUCAGGUGUAUUUUGCCUUGUUUUAAAACAUAGAAAUACUAAAAUAAGUACAUACAAAAGAUGUAAAAUUUAGGAAAAUCCAUCGGGUGUAUUUGUGGCACAAAAAGCCCUUUCAUCGGGAGUUCGACGAUUAGUCGACUCCCGCGCUCUUCUUUCUGCUAUGUAUAACUAAAUUGUUACCGCUAUCUUUGACAAAAAAAAAAAAAAAAAAAACUCGAGACACGUUGACCUCCUGCAUCUGGAACGAAAGAGGCUUCCCUUUUUCGUAAACCUUACAUCCACUUUGGCCUUCCAUCACUGAAACAACCAAUUAAUCACUCCAGCAUACCAACAAACUCCAAUGCAUCUCUAGCCCCAACUGGGAUGAGGAAUUCUUGCCACCCACAACUCUGAAGUAAUCGGGCAACUCAGGAACUAUGCUUUUCAUGUAAUCAUCAAGCAAACCCAGAUCUCAUUUUAUGCAAUCAAGUACAUUCAAUGGAAUUUUAUCAAUACACGCAAGCAUUGCCAUCUUCACAAGUCUAUCGGUAACAUUCUGCUUGUAACUUUCGCUCUGGUAAACUAAGUGUCGAGAUCAAAUACAUGUUGGGUGAGCUUGAUAUGGGGGUGAAUCCCUAUGCUGACGGAGAGGAAUUCCUUGGACACCCAAGGGUAUUUGCGGAUGAACUCGAUGGGGCGAGUAGGUAUAUGGAGGGAAUCCUUGUGUUGGGGACCGAAAGCGGCAGAGACUUCGCUGGCUCCAAUUAAAAAAAAAAUAGCAGCAGCGGAUAGCGGGCGGCUGGGGAACGACAACGACGAACCAAGUUGAAGGAUUCUACUUCCUUCUCCAAUGCAGACCAGUGCUCAAACCUUAUACAUCCUACUUCAUCCUUCUCCUUCCUCAGCAACAUCAGCGAGUCGUCAGAUUGGGGGAAUCGAAGCAGGUGAGACAUUCUUCCUCCUUCCUCAGCAACAACAGCUGGUCGGUGGAUUAGGGAUUGCAGUGGGUCGGCGUGCUAGGGGAAUGACCAUGGCGGCCGAAUCCGGCCAGUGGGAUUCUUUCUUUUUCUCAGCGAUGACAGCAGGUUGGCGGAGUGGGGAAUGCGAAUGGCGGCGGGGCUUGACAGAAACCCAGUAUAGGGGUAUAAACGUCAACUUAAUAUGAUUUAGGGUGAAAUAAUUUAAAGUUUAGGGCGACGAAUAGCGAUUUAGUAAUAGGCAAAAUACACUUGUAUAGCCAAAACUUUCGUGUUUGUGCCAAUAAUAGCGAAAUUUGGAGAAAUACCACUUAUAGCCAGAUUUUCUGGUUGUUGUAUGACAAAUCUAACCAUUUUCGUUACAAACUUUAACGAUGUUAAAUAUUCCGUCAGUUAGGUUAACAAUAUGCUGACUAGGACACCAAAUCAUCGUACACGUCAGCAACAUGACAAAAGGUCAAUUGCCACAUAAUUAUAUAUUAUUUAAAAACAAAAUAAAAACCAAAAAAUAAUAAUCUAUUAUUCUUAUUCCCUUUUCUUCAUUGGAGCCUAACCCCAACCUUUUCCCAGCCGCCGCCCACCCUUGCAUCUCCUUCCUCCCUUCUGCCUCUUGUGCUCAUUCUUCCUCUUUCAUAAUUGGGCCACAGACACCACUCUUUUCUCUGUGCACCAACAAUCUAUGACAAUCGCAACUAUCCUUUUCCCCUGUGUAGAGCAUCAGAUGCCCCUUUGGCAUCGAUUCUGGUUUUCCCACACAGCGGCUCCAGCUCCACCUGCAAGUAGCCGGAUUUUUCGAAACAGAGCGAUUUGGCUCCUUCGGUCAAUCGGAGACCCAAGUGGUGAGCUUCGUACUUGGCUUCGUGCGCCACCCUUGCAGGCCUCACCGCUGCUCGUCACUCCUCUGCUCCAGCAACCCGAAUCAGGAGGUUGGGAUUAAAAAAAACGUGUGACGCUAAUCCCACAAGUGACCCAAGGAGAAGCACCCGCGCCAGAAUGUUCCUCAGAUAGCUGGGCUUCCCGGCACCGAGCUCUAUGAAUGCGAGAAGGAGGCGAGUGAUUUUGUAGAGAGGGGGAAGGGGGAGGAAAUCGAAAACCUAUAAUUGCUACCAAGAGCAAAAACCAGCGGUUGUGUGGUUAGCUCCGAUGUGGGUAUUUAUGUGGGAGAGGGGUUGAGAUUGGGAAAUAAACGAGAAGGAUAGAAGUGGAUAGCAUGGUUUUCAUGAGGGGAAGAGUUUCGAUUCAAGCGAGAAGGAAGUUUGAUGGUGAGAGACAGAGAGCGAGAUAGAGUGCGAUUUAGGGGUUGAAGAAAACGGAUCCAAUCUCUGCGUGAAGGGAUUCAAUCUCCGGUUAGGAGUUUUAGAGGCAAACAAAUUAGGCGCUCCGGGGGGAUAUCUGUUCGUUCCAAUGCCCACUCCUCCAUCGAUGCUCGAUCCGGGCAGUGCCCCAAGGGUCCAGACUCGUCGCUGUCGUCGUCGUCGAAGCAUCUCUGUCUUGAGAAGGCAUAUCUGUUCGCCAGAUGCUUGGACUUGACGAACGCAUCGGAGCAAUGGUCGGCGACAAGAAGGAGAUUCCAACAAGAAUAUUGAUUGGAGGAUUUGGCUUUUUUAUAGAAUGGAUCUGGGCGUUUUUGAAAGAGAAAGAAGACGAUAAAGAUGAGAGGAGAAGAAAGGAUUUUGUUUGUGGGUUGUCAUCGUUCUGGGAAGAAGAAAAGAAUAUUUUUCUUGUUGUUCGAUGAUGGAGAUGAAGAAUCAGAGAAAACGAGAGCGACCGUGAUUUCCAAGAUGGGAAGGUGAAGAGGUUGAGGAAGACGACGAGGAUUAUUGUUUUUUUAAUGAAUUUAUUGCUUUUUUGUAAUUUUCUUUUUAUUUAAUUAAAAUUAAAGAAUAAAACUUUGAUGAUUUUCCACCUGUCAUUAUUUUCCAAUAAAAUAUGCCACAUCAA